AUGAAUGACACCAUCCUGAUUGUUGAAGAUGAACACGUUGCAGAAGAAGCAAGGGCCAAAACAUACUUUUUGGAUGGAGCAUCUGCUCUGGCUGCCUUUGUCCUCGGUGCACGUCCCGGCGAAGUUGUGCUUGACAUGUGUGCGGCACCCGGCGGUAAAUCCUUAAUUAUUUUGUCAAUGCUAACACAAGCGAAGGUCCCACCGUACAUUAUUGGGGGCCAUAGUAUGCUAAGUGAGGCCGACAGUGUCGAUAGCGAUGAAGAAGCUGAGGGGCUGUUGGUGUGUAACGACAUCAGCCGCGACAGACUGGCUCGACUUAAGAAUACCCUUAACAAGUUCCUGCCCCCAUACGCCACGGCAGGGCCGGCUUUAUCUGGUUGCGGCGGCUGCACAGGCACUCCGAAAACUCAUGCAGAGCGGCAGCUGAAGAUGCUUCAUAUUGCCUCAAAGCUUCUGAAGAAAGACGGCAUUCUUCUGUACAGCACUUGCGCAUUAUCGGAGCUAGAAAACGAUGCUGUAAUAGAAAAGUUUCUGAAGAAGGCAAAAGGGAAUGUACGCAUAUUGCCUCUGUUUGAUGGAGAGUGGCCUGCUGGAGUCGAAGUUUUAGAUAAGAUAGAAUCCGGUUUGUGCAGGGGGCCAGGAAAGAACGACGGCUCUACCUUGUUUUCUGUUGAGAAAACGACGUACGGCUACGCAGUGCUUCCUGAUGCAUCAAAAUUUGGGCCUAUGUACUUCUGUAGAAUGCAAAUCACGGGCCACUAG